AUGCCAAAUGAAAUUAGGAAGUUUGCCUUGCAACAGACAGAAACAAUUCAAAAUCAACGCAUGAAAUGGCAUAAUAAAUAUAUCAAAGACAAAGCAUUCAACCCAAGAGAUUGGUCUCUUCUGUAUGACUCCAGGUAUAAGGAUAAUUUGGGCAAACUCCAGGCGCGAUGGUUAGGGCCUUAUGAAGUGAUUGAAACAUUUCCAAAUGGUGUAGUACGAUUGGCCACUAUUGAUCCUGUAAAAUUCAAAUUGUUGGUUAAUGGUCAUCGUUUGCGCCUCUAUAAUAAGUCGCUUUCUAAAGAGGAGUUUCUGCAACAAUUCACUAGUCCGGAAGGUUCCGAUAUUCCUGCAACAAUAGAAAGUGGCCUUGUUGUCCCACAUUCUUCCUAA